AUGUCUGGCGUCCGAUCCGUGGUACUGUUCUUGAUGCGCCACAAAAUAGCUGUGACCGACGCUCGGUCUCUUUCCAAAGAAGCAAAAAUCCACACUCGCUUCGUAUAUCCUGACCGGGAAAAGGGCUCUUACUCGAUCCAAAACAAAGGUGACAUCAAGUGGUACUUCAUCUCUGCUCAGGAACCUUCAGACGUCUUGUUGUUCAAGCAAUACGACUCUGAGAAUCCUGGUCAUGUUGUGGGGCACACAUCAAUCCUGGAUGAGAGGUUUGAUGGUCAGCCAGGGGUGGUGGCUAGAUGGAAUAUCGAGACGAGGUCUGUUGUGAUUCUCGAGUGA